AUGAGCACAGAGACUGAUGGAGGUUUGGCCCCAGGACAGUUAUAUACUUACCCUGCCCGCUGCUGGCGCAAGAAGAGACGGCUAAACAUUCUGGAGGACCCGCGCCUCGGACCCAUCGAGUUUAAGAUCGACUACGAGGCGUCUCUGAAGAAGGAGGGGGGCUUGCCGGAGGGGCCGGUGUUGGAAUCACUGCUCAGUGGAGAGACUCUGGACAAGAAGGUGGAGACCAAGGAAGAGGAACCUAUGAGCGAGUGCCAGAAGCUGCUGGUCGGUGAUUUCCCCCAUGAACUGGAAGCGGAGGAGAUGGAAGAGGACGUCCCCAAACGCAAGAACCGCAAGAACCGCGAAGGACGGGCCUGUGGUGUAGGGGGUAUGAGGAAGAGACAAGAGCCCAGCACCAUUGAGGACAGGGACAAGCCGUACGUCUGUGACAUCUGUGGGAAGCGCUAUAAAAACCGCCCGGGCCUGAGCUACCACUACACUCACACACACCUAGCGGACGAGGAGGGAGAGGAGGACUCUGAGCGACACACCCUGCCCUUCCAGCGCAAGAACAACCACAAGCCUAAGAAAGCUGCAGACGGGUCGGUCAUCCCUAACGGCUACUGUGACUUCUGCCUGGGCGGCUCCAAGAAGACCGGCUGUCCCGAGGACCUCAUCUCCUGUGCCGACUGUGGACGCUCAGGUCACCCGUCCUGCUUGCAGUUCACAGUCAACAUGACAGCAGCAGUACGGACCUACCGCUGGCAGUGUAUCGAGUGCAAGUCCUGCAGCUUGUGUGGCACCUCCGAGAAUGACGAUCAGUUACUAUUCUGUGAUGACUGUGACAGAGGCUACCAUAUGUACUGCCUGAGCCCCCCUAUGGCGGAGCCCCCAGAGGGGAGCUGGAGUUGCCAUCUGUGUCUGCGACAGCUGAAAGAGAAGGCCUCGGCCUACAUCACCCUGACCUAA